GAAUACUUCCAUCGUUUACGAAAAAAACUUCGCUUCCUGCGAGGUAGAAGUUGGUUGUCGGCGACGAGUGUCAAGGCAGUUUUGGCAAGUUUACCAUUUCAGACUUGCCUUUUUGUUCUUGAGCCGAGUCUACACAAGCAUGGCAAUUUGAAACGACAACGAUUACUCUUGGCAUGGACUUUACUGAGCUAAUUUGGCGGCCAUUUUUUGUUGGUAUAUAGAACUUGUAAUGGCGUGAAUUCAAGGACGAAUAUUGUACCAGCUUCCUCGAACGUUUCUGCGAUUUAGGAAAACUAGAACGGUAGGUUAAGACCUGAGCCGUUAGUGCGUUUUGUUGAAUUGUCAUUAGUCUUUAGGAGUCUUCUGUCGGUGUUUUACGAACACAAUGCUUUGAGUUUGUACAUUUAAGCAGCGAACACUACAAAUUUGACGCUUUCUGGCGAAAGAAGCUUAUAAAGAAUCCGGAAACAGCCUCUCUGCGAUGGCCACAAGAACCGAAUACGGCAAAGAGAACAGAUUUCGAGCUCGAAAAGAGGUGCAAAGUCGCACGAAAGGUGAUAGUGAAAACACUAAGAGUCAAAGCUCAACAAUAGUUACUCGCAAAAAUAUUAUUGACACUAAAACAAAACGGACAACAGGCAGUCCAGGCACUGGAGACAUUAAGGAGGAGAAACACAAAGCGUACAACAAAUUUGGCGCUCCUCCUAAGAAGGUAAUUUCGGCUGAUAAAGCUUUUAUCUCUCCCCUGAAAAGCGACAAUGUUGCACGUAAGACCCGCGAAGAGAAACCUCGCGUCCCGCGAAAACCCGCAGCGGAGAGCGAACCGGCGAUUGAUAACAGUAAGAGCAAUACAGAAGAGGAAAGCAAACCGAAUGUUAGCAAGUUGAAACACAUUUUUGACGAGACAAUUGCAAAUGAGACAAUCAAGGCACAACAGAAUUUCAGAAAGCCCAGACCUAUUUCAGAAGCCAUUGAUCGCUUGAAGUUGGAUCAUGGUAAUGAGGCAACUCAAGCUGAGUCACCAGGAAGACCCUGGUCCUUGCCUAAUUAUUACAAGAAAACUUUACCUCCCACCCCUAAUCACAAGCCACAUGUGUCUCAGGGUAUUGCAGCAAGAAGAGCAAUGUUUGAAAGUGGCGGCUCAAAUGAAGAUGUGUCACGGAAGGAAAAGAGAUCGCCAAGUUUGCUUGAUCUUGUCCCAGAUUUGAAAGAUCUGGACAUCAACUCGCUAGGCAAAAAUGAACAGUUUUCUUCACCAAGAUCUCGCACACGAUCUGAUCCAGGCACGAAGCGGCCCAUGUACUUCAUAAAAUCACGCAAACGCUAUCUUUCUGAUACUAAAGCCAUGAAUGGAGAGUAUCAUGGAACAGUUGACAAGCUGGGCCGCUCUCACGAUGACUCGGUUUUGCACAAUCCACCAGCUUACAGCAGGCGCCUUUUUAAGUCACAUAGCGUUGAUCACAUGAUACAGGGCUCAUUGCUAACACCUGAUAAAGAGUCAGAGAAAAAUGUUGAAAGUUUAACCAGUCAACCACUUUCAUCCACAAAUAAUCAAAAAGAAGAAAAAUUACCUCUGUCUCCUGAGGAUGAUCAAGCUAAAACAGCUGUGAAGUCUGUUAAUCAGGAUGAAUCUCCCAGUGUUAAGACAGGACUGAGGUUUCAACGAAAGGAGGUACCCAAAGACGACUUCUUUGAUGAAACCCCUGGAAGGGUACGCGAAGCAUCUUGGAAAGAUGAAGAGAUUCCACAAGAAGAAUCUGCGCAGCUAGAAUCGGUACCUAACGCUCAAUAUGAUUUCACGGCACGACCUGAUUCAAAACCUCAGGAAGAGAAUAAAAUGCAAGAAGCUCUUUCUCACCCAAAGCAUGACAGUGUUUACUUCCAUGAUCGUAAAAGUGAAGAAACCCCCUCACGUAAUGAAGAAACUGAAAGCUCAGGUGAUGAGAGUACUGGUAGUGUUGUGGAACACAGCGAUGUAGAUGAAGAUUGUGCUCACACCCAAGCAGUGUCUCCUGUGUCACUGCUGUUUACAGCCAAGCCAUUAACAUCAGCUUUAGCAGCUAAAGAAAAGGAGAAAAAGGGGAAAAGAUCAGUUGGAUUUGCUGUGGACACCAACAAAAUGUUUCCAACAUACAGUGCUGAAGAAUAUGACAGAGCUAACGAUAACAUUGAUCCUGUUACUGCAUCGGCUGAAUGGGAGCUAGAGAAAAGAAUUGAAAAGAUGGACAUUUUUUCUGUAGACCUAGGAAAAGAUGAGAGAGGGCUGGGGUUGAGCAUCAUAGGCCUUGGUGUUGGUACAGACACAGGGGUGGAGAAGCUGGGGAUUUUUGUCAAGUCACUCACAGAGGGUGGGGCAGCGGCAUUGGAUGGAAGAAUACAGGUAAAUGAUCAGAUUAUUGAGGUGGAUGGAAUUUCUCUUGUUGGAGUAACACAGCAGUUUGCUGCACAGACUUUAAAGAAUACCAGUGGGAUAGUAAGGUAAGGGAACUCUGAGUUUGUGUAUCUUUAUUCCUACAGUAGAAGUUACCAGCAUUCUAAAUAACGUUUUCAUCAAUGUGCAGUGCAUGUACAUGUAGCAUUUUGUCACAUAGGUGGAACAGACUUUGGUUGUUUACCAUGAUUUUGGAAAUUUCGAUCAGAACAUAUGCAAUAACUGACAAUUUUGGCUUGGCCGACUAGAAAAUUUUUGAGAUAAAUGGAACAUCUUGAUAGGUAGCCCAAAAUUUCCAACAGAAAUAAUUAUCUGAGUUGAAGUGUGCUGACCAUUUGCAAUUUCUUGGAAUCA